AGCUUCGUCAGCCUUCCGGGCCGAAGCUCCUGGGGCCGGAUCGCCCCUGGGCUUCCCUGGGCCACCGCGCUAUGGCGGGCCCGGGCCCGGGCGCGGCGCUAGAGUCCCCGCGGCAGCUGCUGGGCCGCGUGCGCUUCCUGGCGGAGGCAGCGAAGAGCCUCCGCGCUGGGCGGCCGUUGCCGGCGGCGCUGGCUUUCGUGCCGCGCGAGGUGCUCUACAAGCUUUACAAGGACCCGGCGGGACCGUCGCGCGUGCUGUUGCCAGUGUGGGAGGCGGAGGGCCCGGGGCUGCGUGUGGGAGCCACGGGCCCGGCCACCUGUACCGGUUCCGGGCCCCUCCGCGCCGCCCGCGACAGCAUCGAGCUCCGGCGCGGCGCCUGCGUGCGCACCACGGGCGAGGAGCUGUGCAACGGCCACGGGCUCUGGGUGAAGCUGACCAAGGAGCAGCUGGCGGAACACCUGGGCGACUGCGGGCUGGACGAAGGCUGGCUGCUGGUGUGCCGCCCGGCAGAAGGCGGGGCCCGCCUCGUGCCCAUCGACACUCCAGACCACCUCCAACGGCAGCAGCAGCUCUUUGGAGUGGACUACCGCCCGGUGCUCAGAUGGGAACAGGUGGUGGACCUGACAUACUCGCAUCGCCUGGGAUCAAGGCCUCAGCCGGCCGAGGCAUACACAGAAGCCGUACAAAGGCUACUCUAUGUGCCCCCGACGUGGACCUACGAGUGCGACGAGGACCUGAUCCACUUCUUGUACGACCACCUGGGCAAGGAGGAUGAGAACCUGGGUAGCGUGAAGCAGUAUGUGGAGAGCAUAGACGUUUCCUCCUACACGGAGGAGUUCAAUGUGUCCUGCCUGACAGACAGCAAUGCGGACACCUACUGGGAGAGCGAUGGGUCCCAGUGCCAGCACUGGGUACGGCUUACCAUGAAAAAGGGCACCAUUGUGAAGAAGCUGCUACUCACGGUGGAUACCACAGAUGACAACUUUAUGCCUAAGCGGGUGGUGAUCUAUGGGGGUGAAGGGGACAACCUGAAGAAGCUGAGUGAUGUGAGCAUUGACGAGACCCUGAUCGGGGAUGUCUGUGUCCUGGAGGACAUGACCGUCCACCUCCCGGUCAUCGAGAUCCGCAUCGUCGAGUGCCGAGAUGAUGGGAUUGACGUGCGUCUUCGAGGGGUCAAGAUCAAGUCAUCUAGACAGCGGGAACUAGGGCUGAAUGCAGACCUGUUCCAGCCCACCAGUCUGGUGCGAUAUCCACGCCUGGAAGGCACUGAUCCAGAAGUGCUAUACCGCAGAGCUGUUCUCUUGCAGAGAUUCAUAAAGAUCCUAGACAGCGUCCUGCACCACCUGGUACCUGCCUGGGACCACACGCUGGGCACCUUCAGUGAGAUUAAGCAAGUGAAGCAGUUCCUGCUGUUGUCACGCCAGCGGCCAGGCCUGGUGGCCCAGUGCCUGCGUGACUCAGAGAGCAGCAAGCCCAGCUUCAUGCCACGCCUAUACAUCAACCGGCGCCUCGCCAUGGAACACCGUGCCUGCCCCUUAAGGGACCCUGCCUGCAAGAACGCUGUCUUCACCCAGGUUUAUGAAGGUCUCAAGCCCUCUGACAAGUAUGAAAAGCCCCUGGACUACAGGUGGCCCAUGCGCUAUGACCAGUGGUGGGAGUGUAAAUUCAUUGCAGAAGGCAUCAUUGACCAAGGGGGUGGUUUCCGGGAUAGCCUGGCAGACAUGUCAGAAGAACUGUGCCCUAGCUCCGCGGACACCCCUGUGCCUCUGCCCUUCUUUGUCCGAACAGCCAACCAGGGCAAUGGCACGGGUGAGGCCCGGGAUAUGUAUGUGCCCAACCCCUCCUGCCGAGACUUUGCCAAGUACGAGUGGAUCGGACAGCUGAUGGGGGCUGCCCUUCGGGGUAAGGAGUUCCUGGUCCUGGCUCUGCCUGGUUUCGUGUGGAAGCAGCUCUCUGGUGAGGAGGUGAGCUGGAGCAAGGACUUCCCAGCUGUGGACUCUGUGCUGGUAAAGCUCCUGGAAGUGAUGGAAGGAAUGGACAAGGAGACAUUUGAGUUCAAAUUUGGAAAGGAGCUAACAUUCACCACUGUGCUGAGUGACCAGCAGGUGGUGGAGCUGAUCCCUGGGGGUGCGGGCAUCGUGGUGGGAUUUGAGGACCGUUCCCGUUUCAUCCAACUGGUGCAGAAGGCACGGCUAGAGGAGAGCAAGGAGCAGGUGUCAGCCAUGCAAGCAGGUCUGCUGAAGGUGGUGCCACAGGCUGUGCUGGACUUGCUAACGUGGCAAGAGUUGGAGAAGAAGGUGUGCGGGGACCCAGAGGUCACUGUGGAUGCUCUGCGCAAGCUCACCCGGUUUGAAGACUUCGAGCCAUCUGACACACGGGUGCAGUAUUUCUGGGAGGCACUGAACAACUUCACCAACGAGGACCGGAGCCGCUUCCUGCGCUUUGUCACAGGCCGCAGCCGUCUGCCAGCUCGGAUCUACAUCUACCCGGACAAGCUGGGCUAUGAGACCACAGAUGCGCUGCCUGAGUCUUCCACCUGCUCCAGCACCCUCUUCCUACCGCACUAUGCCAGCCUGGACUCAAAACUAAAAACUCAAGGGGAGAGGGGAGGAUGGAGGCUCCUCCCCGAACAAGGCUCCAGGAUGGAUAGGGAAUGAUGGCCAUCCUCCUUGGUCACCUGAACCAAGAAUGAAGAAACUGCUGAACACCCUCUCCCUUACAUAUUGGUCUUUUCCUCCUUUCCCUCCAGUCCCAAGGUGUGAGUUCUGACUUUCUUUCUCCAACUAAGUCUCAACUGACAAAGUGCCACCACCGUCCCUGGCUCAGAACAUACAUGUAUUCAACAUUAAAUCUAUACUACCACUACCACCCCGUAUUCAUCACUUCUGCAUCACCUCCAGCCUGACUUCCUGUCUGCUGUCUUACCCCCAAGACUUUGCACAGGUUAAGGCCAGUUAUGUCCUCUCUGAAGUCUUCAAUAGCUCCUCUUUACCCAACUCUAAAAUAAAGCCUAGACUUUAAAACUCCUCCUAGGCUUUAUGCACGUCCCUGCCCCAGCCCUCCCUCCCUUAAGGGCCUCCGUGACACUCCAUCAAAGAAGCUCUCGUACAUGGGAAAGUUGAAUAAAUGGAUGAAUUCA